CAAAUCCAGUUCAUUUAGACGAUUGCUGGGCUGAGAAAAGCAGACUGGGCAAACGUGUUGUGCAUGGCGCGUUGUUAAACGGGUAUUUUGGUGAGGUUGUGGUGAUUCACUAUCAAUCAUUGUCACAUUUAGCAACCAGUCUGAUAAUGUAAUGUUAGGGUCAACACAAUCCACCAGAAGUGUGCAAACAGCUCAUCAUGCUUUCUGUCCACCGUAUUGUGACCAGUGACCAUUCGUCAUAUAGUCCAGCCAACCCUAUGAACACUGCACCUCUGUGGCCAAACACUAAUGAGAGGUUAAUAUCAGCUGUGAUGGGUACCAAACUGCCAGGAUUUGGCUGUGUUGUGGUAAAACAGACACUGGAGUUUCCUAAUCCAUUGUAUAUUGAUGAAGAAGUUACAGCUUCUGUCACUCUAAAGUCAUUAAGGAAAGCACUUGUUGUUUGUGACUACUCUUGUAUAACCAAUGAUGGCAAGGUGGUAUUGAGAGGAGAAGCUAAGUUGGUAUUACCUCAUAAUGAAAGUUGAGCAGAAUUUAGAUGACCCAAGGUAAGAUAUCAACUUGAUAGUGUAGGCCACGAGAUAUCUCUGGGCUAAUUAGAUGAGGAGUUCCAGCUCCUGGUCCUCGAGUAAUGAGCCUUUGAAACUUAUCAUAACAGCAGUGCUGGGCAGCAAGGCCUGUAUUUAUGUCACUGACCAAAGAACGUAUACAGGAAUAUGCUCCUUUCUUAUAAACAUCCAGUCGUUCGGCUUCUCCACUGGCAUCCUGCCAUCGCAUGUAUUUUUCCAAGUUGCUGUCCCAUAUUUUAUUAUCAUAGAAGAUCUUGGUGGGAUAGUAACAUGGGCAACUAGGCAGGUUUUGUAAAUUCAAUAAAUACUGCUUUAAAAAGUCAUUUUUACAAGAUGCCCACAUUUCACAUAGAUCUUCCUCUAGAGGGUGAUGGUGAAAAAAAGGAAAAAACUAGUUUCAAAGCAAAGGUUAAAAACCAGUAAUAAAAAUAUAAACUUUUUUUCUUAUGUUUUAAUAGCAAAAAUUGUAAAGUUACAUUUAUAAUAUUAAAGUACUGAAACCUUUCAAUUAAACAUUGUUAUCCUGAAGGACAUUAUUUCAAAUUUAAAUUUGUAACCAUUGCAAGAAAACUUGGUAGAUAAAAUGUCAGUGAAAGAAAAAAUAUGAGAGUGUAUUAAUUGAAGCUUUGAUUCUAAAUUAAUUGAUUUUAUUUUCUAGAUUUUUGAUGGCAUGAAAACUUUGUAUUUCGAGUGUAACUAAGGACUUAACAGUUAAUAUUUUGACAGAUAAAUGAUGCUUUUGUGUACUUGUAUCUUUUGCUCAAAUAAGAAUGGCGUUAAAAUGAAAAAAAAAAAAAACUUAAGUGAACACAUGGAAAUAUCAUGCAAUUGCAAAUAAAAUUUAGUUGAUUUUCUGUAAUGAACAUGCCUUUUAUGAAAAAUUGUGGAUGUAACCUUUUGGCUGAGACUGCCCCAGUGGUUACGUGCCAGAUUUUGGAUGAGGAAGUUCAUCAUUUGUGUCCUGUUACUGCAAAACAAAAUACAGAAAUCAUGCUGUACAUUUUUGGCUGUGGAAGCGUUAUAAAGGUGAUGGUCAAAUCUCACUCUCUUAAGUCAGACAAGAGUUGUUGAUGAUAGGUAAUUUUGACUAGCUGUUUCCACGUAAUCUACCAGUUCAAAAUUAGGGAUAGCUGGUUCAUAUAGCCCUUACGAGAAUAUUCAAAAACAACUACAACAAAAAAUCUGUAAUCCUUUCAAAACUCAGAAGAUGAAUACAUCUUUAUUCAAGUAAAUUUUAGAGUUUAGUACGUGUUGCUUGAUCUUGGUUAGACAUUAUUUAUGAACAAGAUGUAUCCAGCUGUUGACUACGCCUAGUACUGUAAACAGGCAGUUAUUUUUGGUCAGGAUUGAUGAAGUUAUGUCUGGCUCUUUAUAUAGAACAUACAAAGUUUAAUGACUUACGGGUAAAAUCAGACGUUAUAGGACCUAAGAAAUAAAACAGUCCUUUAAGGGUUACAUAUAUAUUGCCUUCAAUAAUCCAUUUUCGUUAGAACAUACUACGUUACUUUUAUAUAGUGUAAAGCAUAUUAUAUAUAUAUAUUAUUUAUUUAGAAUUUGAGUAUUUUAUGCAUAACUUAACAUAAAAAAAUUCUUUUCAGGACUUCAAAGAUUGUAAAACAAGUACAUAGAUAAUCUGUGGAUUACACGAUAAAAUAUUAAAGCUGUUACAAACUCGAUGAAACGUUAUUAAUUUUACGUACUAAAACACCUUUUAAGUUAUUGAAUACAUGGAUACUGAAAUGAACUUAAAUUUUAGAAAGUUGACUAUAAUAAAGGAAAAAUCGGGUAUGAAUUCCUUCUGUAAAAUUUAUUAUGACGACACUUGCAAUAGGCAUUAUGUUACGAUACGUGAAUGUUGGAGAUUCCAACUUUGCGUCGACCUCUGGUGGCAUUAUGUGGAACUAACGACUGUUGCAUCUUAGGUCACGUGAGCUCCCGGACUCAAAGGUUGCCCCAGUUCUUUAUGCCUGAUGAAGUCCAUCAACGCCCACGUUACUCCAGCAUCAUUCGGUGUGAGGAGGAAAAUUUGGGCGCAGAUUGGGCACCCUAAUUACUAAUGUAGCUUAUCACAGUUGUGUAGUGGUUAUAAUUUAACGUUAAAUAUAAUCGAAUAAUACACAACAAUAUUGCUGUAGUGAGCUUGAAAGUUACAAGUUCUAUAAGCAAGCUGUUUAGAGCUAAGAAAUAAAUCUAGAACUACCAAAGUAGUGUGUUGAAGAUACUAUAGUUAUAAUUUGUUCUAGUUGUGCGUUUGAAUAAAAAUAUAUUUAUAUUUUA